CUCGGUCCGCGCCCGCCCAGUGGCUCACUGAUCGCGAGAGCCCGGCCCCGGCAGCACAGCACCCGCCCGCCGCCAUGCGUCUCCUGCUCGCUCUGCUCCUGUGCCCGGCGGCGCUGGCCGCCAACAGCUUCACCUGCCCCAAAGACGAGAACACCGGCUACUUCGCCGAUCCGGACGAAUGUGACAAGUACUGGAACUGCGAGCGGGGCCAGGCCAACGCCGUCUACUGCCCGGACGGGCUGGCGUUCAGCGCGAGCGCCCGACGCAGCUCCAACCCUUGCGUCUACUUCUGGAGGGCUGGCUGCGCCGGCAAGUCGCUCGGUGAGCCGCUGGGCACGGCACCCUGCGAGCGAGAGAACGGCUUCUUCCCGCACGAGGACCCCAACGACUGCACCCACUACUACCAGUGCAAGGACAACGUGCCGAGCCUGACCGAGUGUGCGCCCGGCCUGACCUACAACAUCGCGAACCACGGCUGCGACUGGCCCGAGAGCUCCAACCGCGGCCUGUGCGGCACCAAGAAGGCCAUCGGAGAGUUCACCUGUCCCGAGGGCGACUUCGUCAACGCCAACGGCCUUCGUGAGCAGCACCCGCGCUUCAACGACCGCCAGGACUGCCGCGCCUUCUUCGUCUGCCUGAAUGGCGUGACGCCGCAGGGUGUGAACUGUCCCCUGGGCGAGGUGUUCUCCGAGCAGAGGCUCUCCUGCACUCUGGCCGAGUUCGUGCCGGGCUGUGAGGAUUACUACAAGGACCACCCACUGAGGUCGAAGUUCAAAGACCUGGACGGUGACGGCCGCGUCGAUGUCAACCUGGAGAGCUUCAUCCAGUGAAUCGUCCUCCUCGCCCCAUGCUCGAUAACAUCUCUCUUUAAGAGGCGUAGCUAUUGCAUAUCUUGCCGCGUUCACUAACCGCGGCAAACCUUUUCGACAUUGCCUGAUCAGUCACCGAACUAGUCGGUUACGAUAGAUUCUCAGAAAGUUGACGAGGUUGAUUAGGUUAGAUAAUAUGUCCUGUUUAUUGUGUCAGCCUACUCCGCUUGCGUUCUGUUGAUAUUUCUCCGCAAGUGUGAAUGUAUUUUAUACACUCAGGCACCUGUAAGUUACAUUGUCCUGCAACGACAGGUCCACUCUAAAUAAUUUCUGCUGUUUUAGGGACAUGAAAUGAGUAAAUACAUCAUCAUGAAAUCGG